AUGUCAGCUGCUGCUGAGGCUACCCAUUACCGCCAUUCAGCCAGCGGAGGCAGUGACGUGUCAGCCUCCGAUGACUCGGACGACCAGUCUUGGCACUCCAUGCUUGAGUCCACCCCAGGGGGAGGAGGAGGGCCUAAGUCUCAGCUUUCUGGGGUGUCUGUUUCAGGUAAUGUUCAGAGGGACUCUUGUGACUCAAAUUGCUCUCUGGAGUUGGAUUUGGAGAGUGGGGUUUUGGAGUUGAAGGUGGUGCAUUUGAGUAAAGUUGAAAGAAAUUGCAGAAUUUGCCACCUGGGUUUGGAGGGUGGUGGCCCAGAUGGGAUCCCAAUUGACUUGGGUUGCUCUUGCAAGGGUGAUUUGGGCGCUGCUCAUAAGCAAUGUGCUGAGACCUGGUUCAAGAUCAAGGGUGAUACAACCUGCGAGAUCUGUGGCUCCACUGCAUUCAACAUUGCCACUGAGCAGACAAAUGAGGCAAAUGGCACUACUACCACACUCCCAUCAGUACCAGCAGUGCCCAUGAUCCUGGUGGAAACCAGAACCAUGUGGCAUGGCCGCCGCAUUAUGAAUUUCCUACUUGCCUGCAUGAUCUUUGCCUUUGUAAUCUCAUGGCUUUUUCACUUCAAAGUGCUUUAA